ACUUAGAGAAUGAUUACGAUGAUACAAUGUCAGAAAGUAUAUCUCAAACAAGCUAUGCAGAUACAUUAUAUGAAGAAAUAUCACAAAGCGAUAUAUCAAUUGCAUCUCAAGCAAGUUAUUCAUCAACAUCUAAUAGUCUCGAACCAUCUGAAAUAGUUCUGACACCUGCUAGGAUAUAUAAUAAAUAUGAAUUUCAGAUACAAUUUUUAUUUUUCAAUGAUUCAACCAAUUUGUUAAUAGAAUUUUUAUUAGAACUAUCAAGUUCUUCAAUAUAUUGA